GUAAGAUUCGAGUUAUUGUAGCGUUCACCAUAAGCAUCACGCCUAUCCGCUCACCUCUUUCUCGGGCAGAAGCAGCCUGACCAGCUGGAGACCCCAUGCCCUGCCACCAAACUAUUAUAUGAAACCUGAUCUUGAGAAUUGAGACACCUGGUCUCAUCUUUGGCUUCAUAUAGCACUCACCCGCAUAGCCAAAAAACAACAGAACAUCUUAUAUAAACCAUGGGCUCUUUGUUCAGUUCAAGCAAGAAAAGCAAAGAGGAAAUCCAAAUGGCACGUGACAAGGUCAAGCAGAUUGUUUCCUCCAACCCAGUUGUUGUUUUCAGUAAAACCUAUUGUGGUUAUUGCAAUAGGGUCAAGCAGCUGUUUACACAGUUAGGAGCUUCUUACAAAACUAUUGAAUUGAAUCAAGAAAGUGAUGGGGAUGAUAUGCAAGCAGCUCUGCUGGAGUGGACAGGGCAGAGGACGGUGCCUAAUGUGUUCAUUGGAGGAAUACAAAUUGGUGGCUGUGAUUCUGUUGUGGCCAAGCAUCAAGCAGGUCAGCUUGUGAACCUUCUCACAAAUGCUGGUGCUGUUACUGUGAGCGCCUGAGAUUGAAGUGUUUGGGACGAAACUCUGCUGCAGAGAGUUGCAAACCUUUUGUUUCCAAUGUAACUAGAGUAUACUUUGUCAAUGCUUUGCAAUUGAUGAUACUUGUACUUAAAUGGUGUAAUAACGAUAUGAAACUGCUACAGACUUUGUUUGGUUCUUGGUAA